UCUUGCGUUGCGUGAAUGUGCUGCUGCGGCACGCACCCCAAGCUGCGAAAUCCCAAUUGCUGCGGUAUUGGAGCAAGCGUGCGUGGGUGAAGCGCGGGUUGGCUGGAAGCGAAGACAGCUGAUGUCAUGGCGGACUACGUCGUGAUCCAGGAACAACGUCGCCACCAGCUAUCCUCAGCCCACACCGUUGACUCUGAACCGGCAGGAGCCGCAAAAACUCUGGAGUUAUCAAAGCGUGCGCGGUGCAAAACGCAACUGCCAUUUGGCCACGGAACUCACCUCUCUCACUCGAAUUCACCAGCGUCCCGCAGUUGUUUCUUGCUGGGUUCGCUCCAGUGAGUUUUAGAGUCUCCCCAGAAUCUCCCUUAUCGGCUUCCGUCACCGAUUUUAGGGCUGGGUGGGUGGGUGAUGUUGUGGUGUUUGGAUGGAUCCUGCUUUGUCGUAGCUGUCCGACCGUGUUUGUCUACCGCAUGGUGCAGGUGGACGACCUGGUGACCGCAAAGUGCGCCAGUGCUUGCCACUAUUACAUGAGCUGUCGGCGGAGACGAGGAGGAGUGGAGCAUCCUCUGUGGGUUAUGUCCUUGGAGUCGUGGGAUGUCCGUGAUUUGCUGACUAGGUUUGGUGGAUUGAACCGUGGUGGCGAUUUGGUGGUAACGUGCGUCUCGGCAGGCCUAACUGAUCGAGCAAUUUUGAAUUCUACAGCUGUGGGUUUUUGGCGGAGUUGUGGAUGUGGGUGUCAGACUGGGGGUGAGGAUGCGUGACUAUAUUUGUGAAGGAGCUUUCCGUUCCAUUUGUGAUUCGAGAGGCGGGUGCGGUGUGGCGUGCUUGGCAGGCGUGGUUGAUUGACGUAACUGAAUUAGUGGGCAGGAGCGCUUCCGUGGAACCUUAAUUCGUUUUCGUGGCCGAAAUUUCAAGUCGGGAUGGUAUUCCUAAGGUCAUGCGUACUUGCAGUGAACACAAGAUGCAGGUCAGUGUUACAGAUAAUACACCCAAGCUGCAUGAAUUUCCUGAAUCAAUAAUUGAUGAGAUAUUUAACAAAUUGGAGAACGCGAAGUACAUAGCGACCGCUAGAUGUGUUUGCAAAUGCUUCAACGAAGCCAGUAAACGGAUUCGGUCCGUUCGAUUCAUCUGUUUAGAUAAGUAUCAUGAGAGUAUAAGAUAUGGACUUAGGCUUUCGUCUCCGAAAAUUAGUCAAUCCAGUCCAUCUGCAAGAGCUCAGGCCUCCCGAGGAAAGCAAGUUGUGACACAGGCCAUCAACAGCGACGUAGAGGGCUUGGAUUCUGGCGGUAAACACGAACCCAGUACAUCAACAACCGGAGGUACUCAAAUACAACACCUUGAGAGGAAGCCCUCUGUCGAUCGCAUCGAAGGGGACUCCCAUUCCAUUUCCAAAGGAGAAUCUAGUACAGCAGUUGCUGAAACCACACAGUCUUUUAGCAGUGACGAAGAGGGCUCAUCAUCUGAUGAUGAAAGGCCUGUCUUUAUUUUUAGGAAUGUAGUCGAAAGGUUUCUGGAAAAACAGAAGCUGGUGCAACUAAGGCUAGAGAUUGAAGGAAAGCUGCAGUCGAAAUAUGUUUCUGAGGCGGAGAGGAGAAGAACAGACUUUUGGCUGAGUGACCCCAUGCAUUUAACAAGAUGGGUGCCUAAUGUCAAAGACACUUUACAGCACUUGUGUAUUGUGGAUUAUGGACAGCAGGCCAUCAUGCGCAGAUCAAGCAUCCUUGAAAUACUGUCUAAGAACUGCAAAAAGUUGAAGACCUUGGAUUUGCGGAAUAUGUUCAUCGAUUCGAGUGGUCUUGAAGAUAUGCCUGCGUUGACAAGCAUCACAUUGCGAUGUGUGAAGGUUACUGGCGAUACUUUACAACUCAUCAAUGCCCGUAUGAGGAAUCUAGUCAUCUUGGCUCUAUCAGGAGUAUUUGGAGUGGUUGAAGGCACUCUAGACAUACCUUCUCUGAAGGUUUUGUGCCUGGGUCUUUCAACUGUGGCCAAGGACAUAAGCAUGAAUCUGCCGAGUCUUUCAAAGUUGCAGCUAAAGAUGCUGUGUCCAGAGAAGUUAACCAUCAGUGCGACUACGUUACAAUUUCUGGCAUUCAACCUUGAGGUUGGAGAAAAUGCAGUGAUUGAAUUUGACGAUCUUCGCGAUUUGCAGGAACUGUUGUAUGGAGCCUCUAGUUUUGAUACACUUACGAAGCUUGUCGCAAUGAAUCCCAGCCUCAACAAAUUAUUCUUAGAUAUACCAUGCAUGACACUAGGCGGAGACGGAAAGUGGUUGGGUGUUUUACCGGGCGUUCCAUUAUUCCUUCCGAACUUCAAACAGCUUCUUUUGUGCGAAAGACUUGGGGUUCUGAAUAUUGGGCCUGGGCUCUGGCAUUCAAUGGAAGUAAACCUGGAGACGAUGUUAGCAGUGAAGAAUUGGCCUUCUUUCAAACGCCUCAUUCUUCAUAUGAUUCCUGGAAAUUUGGAUGCUUGCACAGCCAUUCUACGUACACUGCUGAAGCCAACCUUGACUUCACUGGAAUUGUACAUUCACACUAGUAGUCCAGUCAGCUAUGAUGCAAUUGUAUCACAAGUGAGCGGCAUCACAUCAAACUUUGACCGAAGCUUUUCCUUCAAACCACUGAUUCUACGUGGACCUGCACUGGCAUCAUGCAGUAAUGGCGGUUAGUUUUUACCAGGCUUCAAUCAUAUUUAACUGUACUGGUGCAAUGCAUAUGUUGUUGAAUGGUUCGCCUUGAAGUGAGGUGCGACCUUGUUAAGUUUCAAUUGUUUUCGAAAGAAAUUAUCAAUGUUCAUACAUCACAAAACCUCCCCUAAUUUUUUCUGA